AUGGUCAUGGACGUUGCCCGUACGUCCAUGAUGCAUGUGGCUGCCCCCCAUUUUCUGUGGCCGUUUGCGGUCCGGUACGCGGCGCAUCAGAUCAACCUUCAGCCCAGGGUCUCCAUGCCGGAGACCUCCCCAGCUUUGCUGUGGACGGGGAAGGUUGGCGAUGCGUCUGCGUUCCGUGUCUGGGGAUCUCGGGCGUUUGUCCGCGACUUGUCUGCGGACAAGCUGUCCCCUCGUGCUGCUCCCUGCGUCUUCCUGGGUUUCCCCCCUGACGCGCCAGGGUGGCAGUUCUACCACCCCACCUCUCGCCGUGUUCUGUCCUCCCAGGACGUCACGUUCGACGAGUCGGUCCCCUACUACCGUCUCUUCCCCUACCGCACUCCGUCCCUCCCCCCGCCACCGCUCUUCCUUGUGCCAGACGCUGUUGAGCCUGUCGAGGUCGCUGGUGACUCUGGUGCUGCUGAGGGUGCUGAGCCUGGGGGUGCUGACUCUGGGGGUGCUGAGCGUGUGGGUGCUACGCUUGGGGGUGCUGAGCCUGGGGGUGCUGAGCCUGGGGGUGCUGAGCCUGGGAGUGCUGAGUCUGGGGGUGCUGAGCCUGGGGGUGCUGAGCCUGGGGGUGCUGAGCCUGGGGGUGCUGAGCCUGGGAGUGCUGAGCCUGGGGGUGCUGAGCCUGGGGGUGCUACGCCUGGGGGUACUACGCCUGGAGGUGCUGAGCCUGAGGGAGCUGGGCCUGCUCGUGUGGCGUCUGGCGGUGCUGUGCCUGGCGGUUUUCCGGGUGCUUCGUCUCGCCGGGAGCCACUCUCUCCACAGGAGCUGCGUGAGUGGUUUGCCCGGCGCUGGAGGCGAGCUGCUGGAGCUGGAGGUGCUGUGGGUACUGGAGGUUCUGCUGCUGCUGAGGGUGCUGGUGCCGCGGGUCCCGAAGGUUCUCGUACUGGGAGUACUGGAGCUGCUGGGCUUGCGGGUACUUCUGGAGUUGGAGCUGCUGCGGGUGUUGGCGCGGAGGCUACUGCUGUCGGUCUUGGAGGCGCUCCUGCUGGGGGUGCUACUGGUGCUGCUGGAGGUAGUGGAGCUGGAGGUGCUGCUGGUGCUGGUGCUGCCGCUGGGGGUACUGGUGCUGUCCCUGCUGUGUCUGGAGUUGCCGCGCGGCCUCGGCCGUACUUCGUUCCGCUCCUUCAGCAGGUUCUUGUUACAGUUACAGCCGGCCUCCCCACUGCCUGCUCCGUCUCCCUACACUGGUCCUACUGGAGGUCUUGCUGA